AUGCCCUCGAUAGGUAAAGCAUCAUCAUUGUCCUCGCCGUGGUCUCCUGAAGUGAAGACCUCUAACAGUUUCCCGAAGAAGUUCUACAUUGUGCAGUAUAAAUUUGAUCUUAGUGCCAAAAAUGUUGGGAUUCAAAGUGGAACUGUGUUGGCGACACCACAGUAUUCCUACCCUACCCCAUCAUUUAGCUCGGGUGGUGGAAUUGGUGGUGGAAUCGGCGGCGGUUUCGGUGGUGGCAUCGGCGGAGGACUAGGUGGAGGUAGCGGUGGCGGUUCUGGUGCAACCAUCAUCCUCGCCACCAGCGGUGGAUCCGGCGGAGGACUCGGCGGUGGAGUCGGCGGUGGAGUCGGUGGUGGAAUCAGUGGUGGUUCUGGAUUCGGCGGAGGAGUCGGUGGCGGCCUCGGAGGUGGUUCAAGUGGAGGAUUCGGAAGCAGCUCCGGCGGAUACGUUUUAACUACCAGUGGUGGUUCCGGAUUUGGAGGUGGAUCUGGAUUUGGUGGUGGAAUCAGUGGAGGAUCUGGAUUUGGUGGCGGUUCUGGAUUCGGAGGAGGAAUCGGUGGCGGAGCCGGCAGCGGUGUAGGUGGAGGAGCUGGUAAUAUUAUCAUUCUUGCCACUGGUGGAGCUGGAUCUGGAGCGGGAGUCGGUGGUGGAAUUGGCGGUGGAGUCGGUGGUGGUUUCGGCGGAGGUGUUGGUGGAGGUUUCGGUGGAUCUUCCGGUGCCGGUAUUUCGAGCUACGCUGCUGCUGCUCCAUUAUACGCUGGUCCAUCCCCAGUAUAUGGGCCACCAAUUCGUAGGUAA